ACUGAUCUUCCAUUAGUACAUUUGACCCAUCUCCUUCUUCAAACAUAAACUGUCCUUAUACUAUUUUCGUGCAUGAUGGAUUCAAAAGAGUUCUACCAAGAAUCUGGAGACGAACAAGAACACCAAUUUACUCAAGACCCAGAUGAAGCAGAGGAAACACUCUCUUUCUGUGAUCUCCCAAUCUGUAGCAGUGAAGCCGAUUGGGAAUAUAAUUUAUCUAAAGAAGAUCAUCACAGUUCAAGCUCUUCAUCUUCCGAGCAAGACUAUUUCGAGUUCUUCAGUCAAGAAUGGAGUACCACCACAAGCUCUCAUCACCGCCCCGAAAACAUCAUCUUCUGUGGAAAACUCAUUCCUUCCAAAACACCCAUUUCCGACGACGGUCUUGAGAUAGAAAGCAACAAACAAUCAAACCAAAGAAAGAAAAGCCUUUUCCGGUGUAAUUCCGACUCGUUUUCUCGACCCAAAAGUACUUCUACAUCGAACAAAGCUCGACUGGUGAAGAAGAACGAUCCAAACUCCUUGUCAUUGCCGGAGAAAAUCAGGUAUUCCAGCGACCAUUCCGGAAAGUGCGGUGACAAGUAUGAUUUUUCAGUCGGAAAGGUUUCAAUUUUGACAUCGCCGGCAAAGCUGUCUAGGAGUAGAAGGUACCUUUUCAUGUUGGGAUUGGGUAGAUUUCCGAUUGAAAUGGAAUUGAAUGAUAUAAAGAACAGGCAGAAUCGACGGUGUCGGUCAAUGUUGCCUCAAUCGGCCGGUGGCAACGAGAAGCUGACUAAUGGUAGAGGCAGGUGGAAGGGUCUGUGGGGACUACUUAGGAUUUUGGGUUGUGGUAGCAACCUCCCCGCAAACAACACCGUAGUAAAAGCAUCUUUUGGUAGUGUUCCCUACGAAUGA